CAUAGAGAAGGAUUUAUGGUUUAGAAACUCUUGAGUGAAGGCCAACAGGUUAUCAAGGAAGUGGCACCUGAAAGAUCCAAGGAACUGAGUGUAGAUAGAGCAACUUUCCUGCAACGUGUUCGAAGCUCUCACAGUAGCUGCUCCUCCCCUCCCCCAAGGAGGCACCAAGGCCCACAGAAGAACUAGUGGACAGUAAGUGGGUAUACGGUGGGCAGGAACCAGGACAAUUGUGACAAUACCCAGCUGCAGGAGGCACUCAUCAGCAAGUUCACUUCUUGCUCAUCCAAAGACAGUUCUGUUGGAAAAAGAAACCAGUGUCCCUGUGAUCCUGGUAGGACUUAUCUGUGACUCUGCCCGCUCAUCUGGCAGCUAUCGCCCUGAGCUGCUAGGAGCCUGGAGAAGAUGAAGGCUUUCGUGGUUCUGUCCCUCAUUGGGUACCUGGUGGUUCCAAGUGGCGCUGCUGUCUUGGGGCGCUGUGUGGUGGCUAAGAAGCUCCAUGAAGGAGGCCUGAGUAAUUUUGAGGGCUACAGCCUUGAAAACUGGGUGUGCCUGGCUUACUUUGAGAGCAAGUUCAACCCCAUGGCUGUCUAUGAGAACACGCGUGAUGGCUACACCGGCUUCGGCCUCUUUCAGAUCCGCAACAAUGUCUGGUGCGACAGAGGCAAGAACCGCUGCCACGUGUCCUGCUCCGCUUUACUGAAUCCAAAUUUACAGAAGACAAUUGAAUGUGCCAAGAAAAUUGUAAAGGAAAAAGAAGGGAUGAGAGCAUGGCCCUCCUGGUCCCUGAACUGUCAGAACUCGGACACUCUGGCACGGUGGUUGGACGGAUGCAAGCUGUAGCCACCGAGGCGGCCCUCGCAAUCCUCACCAUGUGCAUCUUCUGCAUGAAGAUGCUUUUCUGUUUGCUACCUUCCCUCGACCUUGUUGCAUAACUCACCGCUUGACAGCUCCAGAUGGAGAAGGACAAAAGUUCGCUCUAUCCACGGAUGCAGGAUGCAGAAUAAACCAGCUAAUUAUUCAGCCCA